CUUCAUCACCUCCCUCUCCCCCUCCUCCAGGCAGUCCUCCAUCAACUCCCGCUGCCCCUGCACACCUCCCUCCGCCCUCCAGGCAGCGCUGCCGCCAUGUUCAGCUGGAUGAAGCGGGGCGGGGGCCGGGGCCAGCAGCCCGAGGCCAUCCGCACGGUGACCUCGUCCCUCAAGGAGCUGUACCGCUCCAAGCUGCUGCCCCUGGAGGAGCAUUACCGCUUCGGGUCCUUCCACUCGCCGGCGCUGGAGGACGCGGACUUCGACGGCAAGCCCAUGGUGCUGGUGGCCGGCCAGUACAGCACGGGCAAGACCAGUUUCAUCCAGUACCUGCUGGAGCAGGAGGUGCCGGGCUCCCGCGUGGGCCCCGAGCCCACGACCGACUGCUUCGUGGCCGUCAUGCACGGAGAGGCCGAGGGCAUCGUGCCCGGAAACGCGCUGGUCGUAGACCCUGAGAAACCCUUCCGCAAGCUCAACCCCUUUGGGAACACCUUCCUUAACAGGUUCAUGUGCGCCCAGCUCCCCAACCAGGUCCUGGAGAGCAUCAGCAUCAUCGACACGCCUGGCAUCUUGUCUGGGGCCAAGCAGAGAGUGAGCCGCGGCUAUGACUUCCCGGCGGUGCUGCGCUGGUUCGCGGAGCGUGUGGACCUGAUCAUCCUGCUGUUCGACGCGCACAAGCUGGAGAUCUCGGACGAGUUCUCAGAGGCCAUCGGCGCGCUGCGUGGCCACGAGGACAAGAUCCGCGUGGUGCUCAACAAGGCUGACAUGGUGGAGACGCAGCAGCUGAUGCGCGUCUACGGGGCGCUCAUGUGGGCGCUGGGCAAGGUGGUGGGCACCCCCGAGGUGCUGCGCGUCUACAUCGGCUCCUUCUGGUCCCAGCCGCUGCUCGUGCCCGACAACCGGCAACUCUUCGAGCUGGAGGAGCAGGACCUCUUCCGCGACAUCCAGGGCCUGCCGCGCCACGCUGCGCUGCGCAAGCUCAAUGACUUGGUCAAGCGCGCGAGGCUGGUGCGGGUGCAUGCCUACAUCAUCAGCUACCUGAAGAAAGAGAUGCCGUCUGUAUUUGGGAAGGAGAACAAGAAGAAACAGCUCAUCCUCAAGCUGCCUGUAAUCUUUGCCAAGAUUCAGCUGGAGCAUCACAUCUCUCCUGGCGACUUUCCUGACUGCGAGAAGAUGCAGGAGCUGCUGAUGGCUCACGACUUCACCAAGUUCCACUCGCUGAAGCCCAAGCUUCUGGAGGCACUGGACGACAUGCUGACCCAUGACAUCGCCCAGCUGAUGCCGCUGCUGCGCCAGGAGGAGCUGGGGAGCACGGAGGUGGGCGUGCAGGGCGGCGCCUUUGAGGGCACCCACAUGGGCCCCUUUGUGGAGCGGGGUCCCGACGAGGCCCUGGAGGAUGGCCAGGGGGGCUCCGACGACGACGAGGCCGAGUGGGUGGUGACCAAGGACAAAUCCAAGUAUGACGAGAUCUUCUAUAACCUGGCACCGGCCGACGGCAAGCUGAGCGGCUCCAAGGCCAAGACCUGGAUGGUGGGGACCAAGCUGCCCAACUCCGUGCUUGGCCGCAUCUGGAAGCUGAGCGACGUGGACCGGGAUGGCAUGCUGGACGACGAGGAGUUUGCGUUGGCCAGCCACCUAAUAGAGGCCAAGCUGGAGGGCCAUGGGCUGCCCACCAACCUGCCCCGCCGCCUGGUGCCACCCUCCAAGCGGCGCCACAAGGGCUCGGCUGAGUGACCUCCCCCCCGCCCUGCUGUGGCUCCCCGGUGCACGCUACCCCACCCCAUACACACACAUACACACAUACACACACAGCCACAUGCACCCUUCCUCCAGCCUUUCACCAGUGUAUCGCCCCCCUGUAUCGCCCCCUGCACGUUGGCACGUCUCACUGACCACUGACACACACAACCUUCCAGGUGCCUGGCAUUCAUUCAUUCAUUCCAGUAUUUAUUGAGCACUUACUAUGUUCAGGGUCCUGUACUUGGCCCUGGAGGUUACAGCACAUGACACACUGCGGCAAACACCGGCCUUCCUGCAUCGAUGGCUCCCAGGUGAGGACCCUUAUGAACACGUGUACACACCUACAGACACAUAGACAGACAUACACAUACAUACAUAAAGACAGACACACAGAGAUACAGACAUACACAGACACACAGGCAAGUUCCAUCUGGCCCUAGAAACCAGUCUGCUCCCCCAUUCCAGCAGCUCCCACCACCACCACCUGCUCCCCACCUGAC